AUGUCCUCGCUGCGUCCUCUUGUUCCGGAACCGGUCCCUGAGCAGGACCUGCCGCUGGGCGUGCCGAUCACGCCGUCCAGACGGUUCAGCUCGCGCGCGAUCGCGGUGCUGUCGUGCGUGCAGAAGUAUUCCACCGUGCCACUGGGUGUAUUUGCGGCCGUCCACCUCUCGGGCGUUGUGGCGGCGCCACCCACCGCGGGCGUGGGGAUCGCCGAGCAGCUGAUGUCCAUGGGUCGCGAACUGUACCAGAACGGCGUCUCGGAGACCGUCCUGCUGGCCUCUGUCACGGCUCACGUGGUGAGCGGAAUCGCCAUCCAAGCGAUCCGCAAAUGGCAAAACUAUAUCAAGUACGGCAAGAAAAAGAAGUCCAAACGACAGCAGUACGGCGAGAAAGAAGAACGGCCCGAUACCAGCACUGGGCUCGGGGGAAUUACGUAUUUAUUGGGUCUGGGAUCAAGACCGUCGCUCAGCUUCAGGAUGUUCGGUCUGACUCCGCUCAGGUUCUCGGGCUACGUGUUGAUCCCCGUGGUGGCGUACCAUGUUGGCCAGGAACGUCUUGCUCCGCUGUUUGUGGAGGGAGAUUCCUCGAUGGUGGACUUGUCGUACGUCUCUUACUCCCUGGCACAGUCGCCAAUUUUGGCGUCGAUCGGCCUCACUUUUCUGGUGACGGUAGCAACCUACCAUUUUUCACUGGGACUGCUCCACUACAUUGGGGUGUUCACCCACCGGGCGCGUAAAAACGCAUACAUUGCCAUUCUCUCCAACACGGUGCUUGCUGCCCUCAGUCUGUUUGCGAUCUCCAAGAUCGACCAGCCGUCCGCUUUCGUGGCCAGAAAGUACUCCCAGUACUUGAGUUAUCUUCGCUAUUAG